GUUGGGACUCUGACACACGCUGUAUCACCCGUCCAGGUGAGCCGGUGUAUAAAACAGCAGUCGGUCAGCAGCGUGUUCUUUAACACGGACAGAAUCUAACCUUUAACGGAUCCGAUUUCCAGGGGCCCUUCACUCGAUUCCCCAGCAGCCAGAGUUUACCGAGCCUUUUCACGUUUGCUGAUGCUCGGCUUUCCUCUGCCACAGGAAUCCAGAAUGAGGAUCCUUUUGCUCCUGACUGCGGCGGCGACGGCGGCGGCGGCUGCAGCCCAGAACGACUGCUCUCUGGGAGCAUGUUACCCUCCGAGCACAGACCUGCUGCUGGGCCGGUCUCACCAGCUCCGGGCCUCCUCCACCUGUGGCCUCACUAACUCAGAGAUCUACUGCACCCCAUUCCAGUGGAGAAUGAAAUGCUGCCCUUGUGACUCUAGGAACCCAAACGGUCAGCUGGCCCACACAGUGCAAGACGUCCUCACGACUUCUGGGCCAAACCGGUGGUGGCAGUCCAGUAAAGGCGUAGAUCCAGUCAUCCUUCAGUUUGACCUCAACAAUCUGUUCCAGCUCGACAACCUGAUGCUCAGCUUCAAGGGUCCUCGUCCCAAAGCCCUGCUCAUAGAGAGAACUCUGGACAAUGGACGGACAUGGCAGCCCGCACUCUACUUGGCCAAAAACUGCGAGGAAGCUUUCCCUGGGAUCCAAACCAACAGCCCCAUCAGUCUGGAGCAGACAUACUGCCACGCACUGCGACCCCAUGCUGACCCAUUCCAGGAGGAAACGAUCGAGUUCAGCCCGUUGCGUCCGUACCUUUUUGCUCCAGUUUCCAACAGCCAGAAGAUUGAAGAUAAGGCCGGUCUGACCGGCCUGCGGGUGACGCUGACGGAGCUGGGCGAUGUGCCCCACUUCCCGGGCAGAUCCUUCAGCAAGUUUUUUGCCCUGAAGGAGAUGAGAGUGAUGGGAACCUGCAUGUGCCACGGACAUGCCGACCGCUGCCAGGCGCAGGAGUACAACUACCCCGGUACCGACACCAUUCAGGUGAAUCAUGUGUGUGACUGCAGACAUAACACCGCCGGCGAGAACUGCGAGCGCUGCGCCGACUUCUACAACGAUCUGCCUUGGAGACCCGCAGAGGAAGGGAACACACACACCUGCCAACGCUGUGACUGUAACAACCACGCCCAGCGCUGUCACUUCGACCCAACAGUGUAUGAGGCCAGUGGGCGGAGGAGUGGCGGAGUGUGUGAGGGCUGCAUGCACCACACCACAGGGCCCAAGUGUGACCGGUGUGCCCGGGGCUACCAGCCAAACCCCCGGAGCCGGAUGGAUCGUCCCGAUGCGUGCAUACGCUGUGCCUGCAAUGCGGAGGGGACGGUGAACGGGGGCCAGUGUGAAGACAGCGCCGGCUCCUGUCCGUGCAAAGCUAAUGUGGAGGGCCCUCACUGCGACCGCUGCAGAAAAGGUUUCCACAGCCUGAGCUCGUCCGACCCGAUGGGCUGCAAAAAAUGUUCCUGUUCUCCAGUCGGCUCCCUGUCGACCCUGUGUGACCCUGUGACCGGACAGUGCCCCUGUCGCCCCCACUUCCACGGCCUGACCUGCGACGUGUGUUCGAAAGGCUACUGGAAGCCGCCCCAGUCAGAUGUCUGCGAACCGUGUGGCUGUGACCCGACCGGGUCAACCAGUGACACCUGUGACCAGCGGACAGGUCAGUGUCGGUGCAGACGAGACUUUGGAGGAAGGACAUGCAGUCAGUGCGCAGACGGCUCAUACGGGACCCCUCUGUCUGGCUGCCGACCUUGUCCAUGUGACACAGCAGGAACCCUUCAGGAAGUGUGCAACAGGAAAACGGGAGAGUGUUUGUGCCGACCAGGUGCCACCGGGCCCCGCUGCGACUCCUGCAGUCGCGGGUACUGCGACUCGUUCCCUGCCUGUGAACUUUGUCCGAACUGCUUCUUCACUCUGGACUCCCAGCGAAGGAACGUCAGCCUCGCUCUGGACAAGCUGUCCUUCAGGCUGCCGUCUCUUCCCGGAGGCGGUGGGGAUCUCGGGAGCUUCGGGCCACGCUUUCGGGAGCUUGAGGCCGGCCUCGGCCGGAUCAGGGAGUCCGUAUCCCGACCGCCCAAGACUGUCACACAGCUGGACGAUGCUCUGUUCCUGCUCAACAAACUGAGGGGCGACUUGGAAAAGGUCGACGACAAUCUUCCUCCUCCAGUCAGAGAUCCUGGUUUGGAAGCGGAGCUGGAUAAACUGCAGGCUCUGCUGGAUAGCAUCUCUUUAAUAUACGAAGCCAAGAAAGAUUCCACGGGGGCCGUCACCGACCCCGACGAUGCAGAAGGUCUUGAUGUCAUCAAGAAAGCGUACGAUGAGUCAACAGAUGCGGCUAAGAAAGUGAAUUCGACUGAGAACACGAUAAAGGAGGCGAGAGACAUCCGAGAGGAGGCCGAGGGCGUUCAGAAUCGGGUGCAGCCAAACAACACCAGAGACCUGAGCCAGCUGAAAAACAACAUGGCCUCCCAGCCAGACCUCACUCCUGUUGCUAAGCAGGUGUGUGGCAGUGCUCGGUCCGAGCCCUGCACCCCUCUGCGGUGUGAGGGGGACGCUCUGUGUCCACCGGAGGGAAGCCCGCUCUGCCAGAACGGGGCGCAGUGCGUCGGCGCGCUGCCUAUAAGCAAACGGGCCGACGCCGACGUUACGGACGUGAAGGACCGUCUGGCCAACCUCAGUCUGAAGAUCACCGAGGCUGCAGAAAUGCUUCAGAACGCGCAGGAAAAAUCUGACGAGGUGAGGCAAGUAGUGAAAGACUUGUCGGGCAAGACUAAGACGGCCAGAGAUCGGCUGGAGGACGACCUGCAGGAGACGCGCACCAUAAUUCAAGACCUCAAGGACUUUCUGACGGAUCCAUCUUCCAACCUCACCCAGGUUCAGGAGAUAAGCGAGUGGAUUCUGAACGCCAACCUGCCGGUCAGCCUGCCAGCCUUGGAGAAGAAGCUGGAGGAGCUGAAAAAUCUGGCUGCAAGUCUGCCGAACACCGAGAACGUUCUGAAGGAGGCCAAGCCCCAGCUGGACACAGCCAAGAAGCUGCUGCAGGAGGCGGAUGCGGCCAGGGUCAAGGCGCUGGGAACCAAGGACAAUUUGGACAAACUCCUGAAAGGCUUGGACGCAGGGAACGACUCCUUCUCUGACUUGGAAGGAAAGCUGCAGGGCAGCUUGGACCUCAUCGACAGCGUCCGUGACGACCUGACACAGGUGGAAGACACGCUGAAGCCAGCAGAGAAGGCGCUGACCGACACAGAGGCACUGACGACACCGAUGAAGGACCAGCUGGAGGAGCUGAAGAAGCUGCUGGAGGACGCAAAGCGGAAGGCUCCCGAAGCUCUGCAGACUGCAGGGAAGGCUGAGGAGGAGGCAGCUGCAGCUCAACCGAUUCUGAAGAGUUUGGAGGAGCAGCUCGAUCGUCUUAAAGGCCAGGUGAGCCCUGGAGCUCCUGGAGAGACGUCUCCUCUGGCAGAGAGAGUGGAGAAGCUGAAGGAGAAAGCUAAAACUCUGACUAACACCACACUCAAUAUGACAGACGCUCUCGAAGGAAAAGCAGACACCCUGAGAGGACUGCAGGACGAGAUCAUCCAGAAGUCUGCCAAGCUUGAAGGACUUGACGCCAAGCUGAAGGACAUCUUGCAAGCGAUCCGAAAAAGAGCCGACGAUCUCCGCACCUGUUCGGCCUAAAUUGCCUAUGCAGUGGGGCACUGUGGCGCCCCUUAUUGCUCCGUCAAAACCCUAACCUAACAUAUAUAUUUUUAAAAUAUUUGCACUCUUUGCAUAGCACUUUUUCAACAAGAUCAUUUUUAUUCUGAGAUAUAGUAAUCUGUGUUUCACUCUACACUCUCCUCCACUGUUAGCAUGUGGUACAACUGUUCUACUUUUCAAAAAGGAACAAAAGGGUCACUGAUACUGUACAAUAUUUAUUUUUUAUUGGUUGGCAUCUGCUGUUUGUGCACUUUUAAAAUAAAUUCUUGUUUACUGCUAA